ACUCUUCUCCAGCCAGAGGACUCUUCUUUAGUGGGAAGGAUAGCAAUUUCUGAGGAUCCUGCUUUGUGGUGAGGCUAACAUUGAUAGGACAUGAGCUCUGCCUUUGAAAUCAGUUGGACAACUUUUCAACAGUGAAAGUGUGGAAGGACUAAAUAUCACAUCACAUCAGUGCAGGUCUUUCUCCGUGGUAGCCUCACAUUGCCAGAAGAUUGCUUUCAACGGGUCUGCCCUUGGAAAUCAUCAUCUUCCCCCUAACCUAAGUGUGUCUUUACUCUGUCCCUACCAUUGAUAGAGGCUGUAUGUCAAAAAAGGGAAUUUUGUAACGACUAAACUGACAGUUGUCUUUGACUCUUUCUGCCAAGUUUAUCUCUCACCAAUUUAAAAAGUAUAAAGAUACCAGCCUGGAACAAACAUAACUAAGGACAGGACUGGACAGGUAUAUAUAACUGUGCUUCAACCAUGACUGGUUCAAAGAAUAAAGCUAGAGCACAAGCUAAACUAGAAAAAAGGGCAAGUGCACAUGCCAAAGCUGUGGCAGAGAGGGAGGCUGCUAAUGCAGGCAAGGGUUCAGGCAAAAACAGGGACAAAGCAAAAGGUAAGGUGGGAAGUAAAACAGAUGCAGUGGCAGAGAUGAAGGCGGGAUCUAAGAACAAGGCAGCUGCUGAGAUGAAAGAAGGAGCAAGGUCAGAAUCUAAGUCUGUAGGAAAAGCCACAUCAGAUUUCAACCAUAAGGCUGAGAAUAAGGUUGCUAGAUCCACACGUAAAGAGAAGCCUGGUAGCGAUACCUGGUUCUGGGCUGGGGAAGAUUCUGGUCUCAAUUCCUGGUUCUGGAAGGGAGAAGAGGUUAGUCAUACUGUUGCCAAGAGUGAAAAUAAAACUAACACUUGUACCCAGGCACAUGCUGAGGAGUCAGAGCCUAUACCUAGAACCAGCCACAAGUCUAGGUCAGGGGCUGAGGAAGAGGAGGAAGAGAAUGUUAUUGGGAACUGGUUUUGGGAAGGAGAUGACACUGGUUUUGAUUCUGAUCCUAAACCUGUAUUCAGAAUAGUUAAACCUCAGCCAGUGGAUGAAAUUAAUGAAAAAAAUAGGCCAAAGGACUGGUCUGAGGUAACUAUCUGGCCCAAAGCUCCUGCUGUAACUCCAGCAGUGUUAGGUUAUAGAUCCCAGGACUCAUCUGAGGCAAGGCCCUCUUCAUUUAUUGUUCUGGCCUCAAAUGAAGAAGAAGCUUCAGCAGCGUGUACUAAAAAUACUCGAUCCAGCCUACAGCCUAUUCCUGAGUACCCAUUUGGUUCUGAUCCUUGCAUCCAGACAUUAGAUGACAUUAGACAACAAAUCAAGGUCAGAGAAGAGAAUGGCAUCAAGCCCUUUGCUUGUCCUUGCAAAAUGGAGUGUUAUUUGGAUUCUCCAGAAUUUGAAAAGCUUGUUAACAUACUUAAGUCAACUACUGAUCCUCUCAUUCAUAAGAUAGCACAGAUAGCAAUGGGUAUACAUAAAGUUCAUCCAUUUGCCCAGGAAUUCAUUAAUGAAGUGGGCGUGGUGACACUUAUUGAAAGCUUGCUCAGUUUUUCUUCCUCUGAAAGUAUAAAAAAGACUGUUAUUACUCUGAAUUCUUCUGCGAAUGAUAGACAACAUAAGGUUGAAUUUCAUGUUAAGCAUAUGUGUAAAGAAACCGUGUCUUUCCCUUUGAACUCCCCUGGCCAGCAAUCUGGAUUAAAGAUAAUAGGACAACUAACUACUGAGUCUGUCCAUCAUUACAUUAUUGUUAGUUACUUUUCAGAGCUUUUCCACUUGCUGUCCCAGGGGAAUCGUAAGACUAGAAAUCUUGUUUUGAAAGUAUUUUUGAAUAUGUCUGAAAAUCCAAAGGCAGCCAGAGAUAUGAUAAAUAUGAAGGCAUUAGCAGCACUAAAACUCAUCUUUAACCAAAAAGAGGCAAAAGCCAAUCUUGUUAGUGCUGUGGCCAUCUUUAUUAACAUAAAGGAACAUAUUAGAAAAGGGUCCAUUGUAGUAGUUGAUCACUUGAGUUACAAUACUCUUACUGCCAUAUUCCGGGAAGUUAAAGGGAUUAUUGAAAGAAUGUAAAAUGACCUAGAAAUGAAAGAGAACACUGAAUUGCCCAAAUUCUGAUUGGUUAUACAUUCCCAAAGACUUUUGCAUACUAUUUUGGUAAUUAUUGCUCACAUAUUUUGUCUUAACAUCUUUUCCAAAUUAUUACCUGUGGCAGGUUCUAGCUCAAAGCUACAACACUUUUGAUGAUUUGAUGAGUAUUAAAUCUUGAGAUAAACAAGUUUGUUGAAUUCUAUCUUACCUAGAUUAGCAAGUUUUUACCAUUUUACUUAAAGAACUUGUGAUCCAGCUGAAGUACAGAAGUACAGUUUCUUGAUGAUUAGUAUCUGCUUAUAUUUGUAGCUCCAGAUGGCAAAAAUGAAACUGCUGGUCUUGUAAUCUAGUUACAGAACUAAGGUAUACACAAAUAAAGAUAACUG